CAGCGUAAGAGUCAGUAACACUUUACAUACUUGCGUCGAUAGAAAGUUUGUUUUCGGUUCCAAAAUUUAAUUUGAAAAUGAAUUUUGUGAAAAAAUUAUGAAAUUUCGUUUAAAAUGUGAUUCAGUUAAGCCAAACAAACCUACAAUCAAUAACUGAAGAGUCGACAUUUCAGUUUUAGUUCCAGUUUUAGUUAAGAAAUUGGCCUAAAAAAGUUCUCCAUUUCAAUAAGUGAACAAACCUACGCAAGAGUAAUGAUUCAUUCCCAUUCAUUACCGGACAAAUUGAGAGACCGUUCACCAUCACCAAUUUAUGAUACAAUCGAUACACCAUCUCGUAGUCCGUACUCAAGAAGAUACCCGGGCACAUUCAACCAAACUAGUAAUAAUGAUAAUACACAAGACGAAACUAAAAAAUGACGAAUAUCAGAUGAAAGCAAAUUGGUCUCCCGAAUCGUCCAUUGCUGGUGGCUUCGAUGACCGAGAUGUUCAAGACAUUCAUGACAAUAUCCACGAUACAUCAGACAUGCAUGAUGUCGUGUUUCCAAUUGAAAUCCACAGACAUCAGAGCAUGCAAAGUUUGCGACAUAGGCGAGAUCCUCACUAUCAGGGCAAUCGGAUUCGAAAGGCUAAGCGAGUGAUCGAUAAAAGUGGUGAUAGGAAUAUUGAGUUUGUUAAUAUACCGGAACGGGGAUGGCGAUUUUUCAAAGAUUUUGUUACAACUUUGAUCGACGAGCAAUGGAGAUAUGUUAUAACGAUAUUCGCGUUCAGUUUCUUUGCGUGCUGGAUCUUAUUUGCAAUUUUGUGGUAUUUAAUAGCGCACGCACACGGUGAUUUAAAUUUUGACCCAGUUACUGGCGAACGUUUAAGUGAUGGACCGGUGCCAUGUAUUGAAGGAUGCAAAAACUUUGCCGCCUUUUUGUUAUUCAGCAUUGAAACUCAAGUUUCCAUCGGAUUCGGCAACAAAUAUCCAAACGAAGAAUGUCCGGAGGCAAUAUUCCUCAUGAUCGUCCAGAUAAUCAUCGGAAUUGGUAUUGAAGGUGCUAUGGUUGGCAUUGUCUACGCUAAGAUGAUUCGACCAUCCAAUAAUGUGUCGGUCAUGAACUUCAGCAAAAAGGCAUUGAUUUGCCUGAGGAACUCUAAACUUUGUUUGCUGUUCCGUGUAUGUGAUACGAGGAGCAGUCAUGUUAUUGAUACGAAAGUCGAAGCAUUUUGGUUCGAGGAGCGAUAUUCGUUGGAGGGUGAGAAGUUGAAGAACUUCCAGCAUACACUGAAAUUAGAAAAUAAGGGGAGAGUUUUCCUAAUAUUUCCGAUGACAAUUUGUCAUGUGAUUGAUGAGACAAGUCCUCUAUUCGACAUAUCCGCAAAGGAUCUGUUAGAAAAAAAAUUCGAGCUCAUUGUUUCAAUAACCGGCAGUUCUCGAGCGACAGGUCAGAUGACACAGUCACGGACAUCUUACCUGCCCAAAGAAGUUAUGUGGGGCAACCGUUUCAUGAAUGUAAUUGUCUAUAAUCGAACUAGCAAUGUCUACGAAGUCGAUUACAGUAAAUUCGAUGAAGUUUGUGAGAUUGACACCCCGUUGUGCAGUGCACGUCGUCUCGAUGAAGUGUAUAGUGACUUGAAAGACUUUCUACAUCACGAUUUAUCGGCUGACUUUUACAACGAACAUCUAAACUACAUUGGCGAUGGCAGUACUACCGAGCAUUACGAAUCAUUACCGGCCAAUGAUCAUAAGCCAAGUACGAGUGAACUUUCUCGGUCACAGAGCGCCCAUCAAUGGAACCAGUACACAAUACAAAAUAGUCAGAAUGAACGCAGUGAUAUUAAGCAAAUGUUCAUGGAAUUGGAAUCGAAAUUGAGUCAGCACAGUCUGAAUUUGCUGAAUGAAUCGAAAGAAAAUAAUGAACCGCCACCGACAGUGAUUGCAACGAAAGAAUAAAUAUUUGAAUUUUGUUUUGUAGAAUUUGAAUGUCGAGUGAAGCGUGUUGGCAA